CUUGUCGUCUUUGGUGUCUUUAGUGCGUGUGUAAAUCUUGUGAUUUUCGAACCUGGCUUUGAAUUAACGCAGAUAAACGACGCGGAUUCUCUCCAGUGUGUUGCUGUUUUCUUUGUUUAUCACCGGGAGUCUGAGAAAACAGGAAACAGGAUGAACUAUUUCACCAGACUCAGAGUUAGGAGAGUUUACAAGUGGCGCGGGGAGCCGCUGCGUUUCAAUAGGAAGUUAAAGACCUGCGACUAUGGCUCUUUGGCGAUCAGUGUGGAGGGUCUCCCGAGAGUCACCGUGAUCAGCGCCGGCCAACACAUUCUCAUAGAGGGCGAGGACGAAGACAACCCGUACGUGGCCCGAGUCGUCAGGCUGUUUGGAGAUGAGAGUGGGAAGCAGAAAAAGGCGAUGGUUCAGUGGUUCGUCCGUGUGUCUGAAGUGCCUCCGAGCAAGCUGAAGUUGCUGGGCAGAGAGCCUCACCCGCAGGAGAUCUUCUACUAUCAGGGUCGCAGCUGUGACGACGAGGUCAAUGCCGAGUCCAUCCUCAGACCUGUGCAGGUGAAACACCUGGAUGGGGCGGCCCCGUUCCCCGACUCUAACGAGAAAGACACUCUGUAUGUGAAGCUUUCCUGGGACUCUAAGAGCUUCAGGUCAGUGGACUCUGCUGUGGUGGAGUCGACCUCUGAACCUCCUCCAGCCUCAUCUCGUCCGCCUCCUCCUUCCCGCCCCAAACCGUCCCUCCCCCCCUCGCCCCCAUGCUCCCCGCCUGCAGCAGCUCCGGCAUCUCGAGGCAUCUCCCGACGCGCCCUGCCCACGCCGGACCCCACCAUCUUGCGCAGGGCCACUUCAGGGGAAGUGAGGUACAGCAGGGCGACCAUGAGCGCCGGUAAGGCCGGCGCCGCCGCGGAGGCCGAGUCCCUGCACUCGGCCACCAAACUGUCGGCCUCCAAAUGUCUGAGUGCCAAGAGGAGGAACGCCUCGGCCAGGACGCCCGGCGUCCGCAAGAAACUGGAGCUCAGCAGUCCAGAGAAGAUGACCCCAGAGGACGUCCUGGACCAGCUGCUUGACGAGGAGCUGGAGUCGGAGGUGAUGUUGGCGCAAAGGCUGUCGUCCUCUCCUCCUCAAGCCCUGCCCCUCACCCACCGCCUCACCCCCCUCAGGAAGGCCCACAGAGCCCCCGGCCCUCAACAGGACGCUGCCCGCCUGAAGCCCUCCAUCGUCCUGAACAGAGUGUCCCCCCCUGAGACCAGCGGUGCUGCGUCGUCUGUCAGAGACGACUCCACCAGAGCGACGACCCCCUCCAGGAAGAAAGACCUGAAGACCCUGAGGGAACCGGCUCUGGGGGUUCUGGCCGAGGUGGACAAUGAAAACUCUCCCAUGCUGCCGGAAGCCGCCACACCCAGGAGCUCCAAAAGGAAGUCGGCCCAGCUGGUGUCGUCACGUAUCAGGAAACAGCUGAAUCUUCUGGACAACCAGCAGGACCUGAACUCAGAUGGAGACGACGGAGACGAGUUUGUUCCAUCGAAGAGGGAGCUACAGAGCAGCAGCGAGGAGGAGGGUGAUGGCUGUGAAGAGGAGGCAGGGCUGGACAGUGACGAGGAAGUGGUAGCAAAGAGGAUCCGACAUGCUGCAGCAGGAUCUCGCACUCCUCGCUCGAAGCAGAGAACACGCUCCACCACCAGGACGCCGCAGAAAACUCCCAGCAGGAAGAGCGCACCUGGCACGCCGCGGACCCCCCGGCACGCCACUCCCAGCAUUCCCAGCAGGUCGCUGCCGGCCCGACAGCCCGCUAAUGUCCUGGAGGAGGCCAGAGCGAGGCUGCACGUGUCCUCGGUGCCAGAGUCCCUCCCCUGCAGGGAGCAGGAGUUUCAGGACAUCUACAGCUUUGUGGAGAGCAAGAUCAUCGAUGGCACUGGAGGGUGUAUGUACAUCUCAGGUGUGCCCGGCACAGGGAAGACGGCCACAGUCCACGAGGUGAUACGCUGUCUGCAGCACGCGGCCGACGUGGACGAGAUCCCUCCUUUCCACUUCAUCGAGAUCAACGGGAUGAAGAUGACAGAUCCUCAUCAGGCCUACAUCCAGAUCCUGCAGAAGCUGACGGGUCAGAAGGCCACAGCCGACCACGCGGCAGCUCUGCUGGAGAAGAGGUUUAGCAACCCUGCACCCAGGAAGGAAACCACAGUGCUGCUGGUGGAUGAACUCGACCUGUUGUGGACGAGGAAGCAGAACGUCAUGUACAACCUGUUCGACUGGCCCACGCGGCGCCACGCCCGCCUGGUUGUGCUGACCAUCGCCAACACCAUGGACCUGCCGGAGAGGAUCAUGAUCAACAGGGUGGCCAGCAGACUGGGUCUCACCAGGAUGUCGUUCCAGCCGUACAGCUUCAAGCAGCUGCAGCAGAUCAUCACGUCCAGGCUGAACAAGGUGAAGGCCUUCGAGGAGGACGCUCUGCAGCUGGCGUCCAGGAAGGUGGCCGCUCUGUCAGGCGACGCUCGUCGGUGUUUGGACAUCUGUCGCAGGGCAACGGAGAUCUGUGAGCACUCUGUCGCUGACCCUUCUGCCACAGGAUUGGUGGGAAUGAGUCACGUGAUGGAGGCGCUGAAUGAGAUGUUUUCCUCCGCCUAUGUCACCGCCAUCAAGUGUGCGUCGGUGCAGGAGCAGCUCUUCCUUCGGGCGGUCAUCGCUGAGUUUCGGCGGCUGGGAUUGGAGGAGGCCACCUUCCAACAGGUGUUUGUACAGCACCAGGCUCUGUGUCGGGUGGAGGGCCUGCAGCCCAUCAGCGUGUCGGAGGGCCUGGCGGUGUGUCGGCGUCUCGGUGCCUGCAGGUUGCUGCUGCUGGAGCCCAGCCGCCUGGGAGUCCUGCAGCGCGUCCGUCUCAAUGUCAGCCAGGACGACGUGCUCUACGCCCUGAAGGCAGACUGAAGGCGGGUCCUCUUCAGACUCGUGUAUGUAAGGAAUGUAAGCCAAGUCUCGUGGGACAACAGCUUUGUGCUGCCGAAGAGCAGUCAUUGAUUUUUAAUUAGGAAGAAGGUGAGACUCACUGGGUCAGCACUCUCAUUUUAGAAUGCUGUGAAUCAGCAGAACUAAACUAAUUUUAUUGCAGUUAGACUUAUUGUUGUUUACAUGUGAUAUCAUUUUAUUUCUUAACAAAUCAGGCUGUUUGCCUUGAUUUUUUUUUUUUUUUUUUUAGAUGGGAGAGUUUGUGAUGUCCCCGGUUUAAAACUUAUUUAAAAUGUGAGAUUUUGUUCCUUCGUAUUUUUAUUCAUAUUAUAUAGUGCAUCGUAUUUGUAUGUUUCAGUACUUGAAUAUGAAAUAAAACUUCCUUUUACUGCCACACCACAGCCCUCACUACAGACUUCCUGUUACUGUAUCUGUCGGUCAGUGGGUUGGAGGCCACAUAACAUCAGUUAUAACCUGGGUUGUGGCUUCAGCUUUUUAGGGUUGGUUGAUUGGUUGAUAACGUGCUGAGAUCAUUUGAUUGUGAUAACACUUCACUUCAGGUUUAGCAGUUGUUAUCCUCAGGUAUUGACUGAGAGCCAGAAGAUUUUCUGUAUGUGCACCAGAAUAGGUCCAGAUGUGGAAGUAGCAUCUGACAGUCAUGCUGUAUUUGGGUCAGAUUCGGGCCAUGGAACCGGGCGUAUACUGGUCCACACCUGUCGCUAUGGGCGGGCCAUAGGGGGCCUGGCCCGCCCCCAAAAAUGCUUGUGCCCCCCCCACUUGAGACACAGAUCUCUUUAAAAAAAAUUACUUAAAUUCUUAUUUUAUAUUAUCAUAGUAGCUAAUUUUGAGUUGAGCAAUACUAAUUUUGUAUUCUUUAUCAUUAAAACAUUAAAAAUAUA